AUGUCCACCAAUCCCCCCAAGAAAUCACCAGCAGAUGAUUUGAUUUGUCCCAUCAGUUUGGAAUUGCCCUGGGAACCAGUCAUGGCCGAGGAUGGCCGAGUCUAUGAGCGGGAAUGUAUUGAGGAGCACAUCAAGAAAAACCAUCACAAUCUCACAUCCCCCAUCACCCGAGAAGAAAUGGGAACCCGUCUCUUCCCAGCCAUUCAGCACCGCAAUACCAUAGAGACUUUGGUGGAGUCUGGUGUCAUUGAUGGGGACUUGGCUGACAAAUGGAAUGAAAAGGUGGAACAGAAGAAGGAAAUGGAAAAAUUGCUGAAGAAGGCAGAAGCCGGUGAUGGAAGUGCAAUGUAUAGCGCAGGAAUCAAGUAUGGAAGUGGAUUGGACGGUUUCAAGAAAGACAAGAAGUUGGCCUUUCAGUGGCACAAGAAAGCUCAUGAGGUUGGGGAUGUCAGAGGCAAUGCAUUGAUGGGUUGGUGCUAUCUGCAUGGGACAGGCGUGGCCAAGCAACACUCACUUGGGCUUUUUUACCUUAUUGAUGCAGCAUCCCAAGGAUCAAACUUUGCAGCCUAUGACUUGGGAAUGGCAUUUGACAAUGGAAACUAUGGCUUCAACGUGGAUAAAACAGAAUCCAUCCGUUGGCUGGAGAAGUCACUUGGGAACUGUCCCCACAUGCAUCUGGCUGUUUCAGGCACGAAUGAAGCCCGGCAGAAACUGGAUGAACUCAAGGCCUCAGCACCUGCAAGUUCUGCAACCUCCUGA